CCCUCCUCACCAGAUGAAGGAAAGACUUUUUGGAAAAAUGUUUUUGUGUGCCGAGAAUGAUCACAGUAAAAAUUCUCUCAAUAUUUCGAACAAUCUUAAGCCUACUAAUUAUUAAUUAAGCCUCUCCAACCCAUCCAAAUAGAUCCCGAGUCUCUAUAUUUAAUUACCAUCCGAGUAUUCAAACAACCUUAAAACUUUAGAGCUCCCAGGCGACUCAUACCGUCUUUGUUCAAUGUUUCCCAAUUCAUAUCAUCGUGGUCAAAGCAAAGAUUUGGUAUUCCAGACCUCCACUAUCAAUUUUCCCCACCGGGAAGAUAUGAUGCAUGUACAAGAUCUGAUGCGGGGUCAUGAGGUGUUUCCAGAGGGGAAGAAUCCAUCCCGUAAUAAGAUGAUGGGGAAAGGCAAGCAACAACAACAACAGCAACAUCGUAUGAUAUUAUCACCUAAUUCCAACAAUAAUGGAGCAAAUCCUAGUGAUGGUAAGACUGAAAGGAAGAUCGUGCGUAGGGACAACGAACGCCAAAGAAGACAACAUAUGGCAGCUCUUCAUGCAUCACUUCGAUCCCUCCUCCCCUAUGAAUUGAUCAAGGGAAAACGUUCAAUCACUGAGCACAUGAAUGAGGCCGUCAACUAUAUAAAUCACAUGAAGGCGAAGAUCGAAGAACUGAAUGCCAAGAAGGAAAAGAUUAAUAAAAAGUUGUAUGAAUGUGAUUCUCAAGAUUUUGGUCUCAGAAAUGAAAGUUCGGGUCACAAUUUUCUCAAGUACUCUAUCAUGGUUCGCCCAACUUGUUUGGGAGGAGUGGAGGUUUUGGUAAGUAGUAGCUGCGGUGAGCAGGAAGGGUUGCUUCUUUCAGGAGUGCUCAAAGUAUUGCUUGCGGAAGGCCUUAGUGUUGUUGAGUGUGCUUCCACCAGAGUAAAUGAAAGUUUGUUUCACACCAUUCAGUGUGAGGUUGUCAACGAUUUGGCAUGUCUGGAUUUGUCUGAGUUGCAACUGAAACUAAAUAACUAUUACAAUUCCAGGUAACCAAAUAUCUUCAAUUAUGGGAAAGUAUAUCUCGAUCCCUUCGCAAUCUUGAUUCCCUUUGAUUAUAGUAAAACCCUAGGGCUGUGCUUGGGUGAGGUUUUUCCAAGUUCCACGAGAUGAAGGCCAAGUUAGCAAGGAAUUGAUUGCAAAAAUUAGAUAGGAGGGAUUGGAAAAGCUCUUCAUGAGCAUUAUGAAGGCAUGUAAGAGGAAUUUGCAAAAUCCUACUCGGAAGGUGUGAUUUGCGUAACAUGUUGCUCAAAUUUCUGACU